ACCAAAUAUCAUGGUCAAAGUCCCUCAUUUUCCACGAAUAUGCUACAAUGGUUAUAACCACUAACCAUUCCAUAGGUAAAGAAAUAUAAUAUAUGUAUAUAUGAGUGAGCCGUGUAUAAUUAGCGUCCACACUUUAUUUUGUAUACCGGGUCCUGGCCAAGAUCAACAAUUAAUUGCUGUUGUAUUCUUGUUCUCUAAUAAGGCUUAUAAAUGUAGCAAGAGUUUCUACUCCCUUUGCUCCAUUAACUCAAUGACAAGCUUCAUCUCUACCCAAAACUCCCCCUUACCCACAAAUGGUGCCACUAAAGAAGAACAAAGCCACAAAAAUCACCAAGAAUUUCCUGAUAUAAUACUCUCUGAGCUUCCAAAAGAAAGAGGCUGGCUGAGUGAUCAGCAUGUACACCAAUGUAAUGGCUUUUGGUAUCCCACUGGAAUUCUCCAAGGUCUUAUAGCACUUCAGCAACACCGCUAUAAACCAAAACCAAAUGAUGUCUUACUAGCCAGUUACCCAAAAUCUGGCACCACAUGGCUCAAGGCCCUUCUUUUUUCCAUUACAAACAGAGCAAAAUACAGUUUUAACACACAUCCUUUGCUCUCUUCAAACCCACAUGUGUUAGUACCUCAAUUAGAGGCCUAUGCAUUUAAGCACCCAACAAAUCCAACACCAAACUCUUCUCUAAUGCAUUCUCAUCUUGCUUUCAAUUCUUUACCAGAGUCCAACUGCAAAAUAGUGUACGUUGCUCGCGACCCGAAAGAUGUGUUAGCUUCUUGCUGGCAUUUUGUGCAGAAAUUAAGACCCAAAGACCUGCCACCAAUUUCUCUACCAGAAGCAUUUGACCAGUUUACUAAAGGGUGCUCCCCUUUUGGUCCAUUUUGGGAUCAUGUAAUGGGAUAUUAUAAGGCCAGCUUAGAAUUUCCAAAGAGGGUCUUUUUCUUGAAAUAUGAGGAUUUGAAGAAAGAUCCAAUCUUUCAUGCAAAGAGAUUAGCAGAGUUCUUGGGGCAGCCUUUUUCCUUGGAGGAAGAAAGUGAAGGUAUUGUUGAGAGAAUAACAGAGCUUUGCAGCUUUGAGAAACUGAGCAAUUUGGAGGUGAAUAAAGGUGGUACACACACUGGCUUUUUUAUUCCUACUAUUGCAAACAACACAUUUUUCAGGCAAGGCAAAGUGGGUGAUUCCAAGAAUCAUCUUUCAAAGGAAAUGAUUGAGGUUCUUGAUGAAAUCACAAAACAAAAGUUAGGUUUUGAUUUGAUGACCACCUCCAUCACUGUGCAGCAAAAUGGAAAAAGGAUUGAGUCAGACAAGAAUCAUAGCAACUAGCAUGAUUUUCUUCCUGAGGAAAUUGUCCAAUAAAUUGAAUUUUCCUUUACUCUCCUCUUUUCUUCAGUUGUUUUGGUUACCACGUGUAGUUCAUGUCGAACCUUUGGUUCUUGAUUACAAUAAAUGUGUGUUUUUGUCAAUUUCUGAUGCCUUGCAAUCCUUUAUUUCCUUUGAUACAAUCUGAGCGGCAUCAAGGCCUUUUACAAGGAGCCAAGCGAGGGAACUUCAAACUAUGCAAGCAUUGUUCAUGAGGAGGGACAUACUUAAUACAUUCUAGAGCCUUCCCGGAGCUUCCAAGUAUUCAUGAUAGCAUGGGAGAAUGGUUCGGAGAAGAGCGUUGAAGAUGGCCAUGCUUGCAAUGUGGCUAUUACUUGAAUAUUUGCAAUUUCAAGUUUCAAUUCCAAGUAUUCAGGAUAGCAUGGGAGGACGGUUUGGAGAAGGGUAGAAGUGUAAUAACUUAGUUGUUUUUUUUAUAUUUCUAGUAUAAAUAGGAGUUUAUUUCAUUUUGGAAGACUUAACUAUUUUGAGUAUUGAUAUUGAUAUUGUAAGACUCUUGAGAGUGAGAGCUUAUUUGGCUAUUGAUUGUGAACAUUGUGAGAGGAUUGAUUAUUUGGGUAAUCAAACCCUCUUGGUCAUUCUAAGAGUUUGGUGGUCUUUAGUUCCUAAA